AUGGCUUCGGACGAGGUGUACCGAGCAAGCACUUAUGCUCCAGUGAACAUCGCAGUGAUCAAAUACUGGGGCAAACGCGACCCCAAACUCAACCUCCCCACCAACUCCUCCCUCUCCGUCACCCUCUCGCAAGACGACCUCCGCACCCACACCACCGCCUCCUGCUCCUCCUCCACCCCCCACGACAGCCUGAUCCUCAACGGCCACGACCAAGACAUCUCCGGCGCCCGCACCCAAGCCUGCCUCCACGACCUCCGCCAACACCGCCAACAACUCGAAUCCUCCGACCCCAGCCUGCCCAAACUCUCCACCAUGAAACUCAAGCUCGUCUCCGAGAACAACUUCCCCACCGCCGCCGGCCUCGCCUCCAGCGCAGCAGGCUUCGCCGCCCUCGUCCGCGCGAUCGCAGACCUCUACGCCCUGCCCCUCACACCGACCCAACUCUCUCGCAUCGCACGGCAAGGCUCCGGGUCCGCCUGCCGCAGCUUAAUGGGCGGCUACGUCGCGUGGGAAAAGGGCACCGCCGCCGACGGCUCCGACAGCGUGGCCUACGAAGUCGCUCCCGCCCACCACUGGCUCGAGAUGCGUGCGCUCAUCCUCGUGGCGUCGGCAGCGAAAAAGGACGUCUCCUCUACCGCCGGCAUGCAGCAGACCGUCGCUUCCUCAUCACUCUUCGAGAAGCGCGUAGAUGAGGUCGUGCCCAAGCGCAUGAAAGCGAUGGAGAAAGCGGUCCAAGAGCGGGAUUUCGAGGCUUUCGCCCGCUUGUCGAUGAAGGAUAGCAAUAAUUUCCACGCCUGCUGUCUUGACACCGAUCCGCCGAUCUUUUACAUGAAUGAUACGAGUCGCUGUGCUGUGCGGUUGUGCGAGGCGAUCAACUCCCACCACGAGACACAGUCCGGAAAAGCAGGGGCAAUUUGUGCGUACACGUUUGAUGCCGGGCCGAAUGCUGUGGUGUAUUAUCUAGCGGACAACGAGCAGGCGGUUGCGGGGUUGUUCAAGGGAAUCUUGCAGGGGAAAGAGGGGUGGGAAGGGAAGAGGGGCGGGAGUGUGAAGGAGAAGGAGGAUAGGGGCGUGUUGGAGGGGAUGGAGGUGGCGGUGGAGGGGUUAAAGAAGGGUGUGAGUCGGAUCAUAUUGACGGGAGUGGGCGAUGGGCCGCAGAAGACGGAGGAGCAUUUGUGUUGA